AUGUUAAAGAAACAACCAAGUUAUGGGAUUGGCGUCGUUGCUUACUGGGGGGUUGCAGUUAACGGUUUAGGUGGGUCAACGUACAAUGUUGUGUUGGAUAAGUUGACUUGUACAUGCAAUGUGUACGAUACACUUCAAGUGCCAUGUUCACAUGCAUUAGCGGCUGCUCUACAUAUAUGUGUUUCCUUGAAUACCACGGCCGGGGAGUGGUACAAUAUGAGUGUAUGGAAAAAAGACUACGCGGGUGACCUCCUCCCUAUUCUCGGACCGUCGGACAUAAAUAUAGGAGAUAAUUUUACGAGCGUGAAGAAGAUACCACCGGUGACACACCAACAAUCAGGCAAGCGUCAGAAAGUUCGGAUCCCAUCGACGAGUGACUUCAGUGGACAAUCUAAUGCGAAAAGCCUAAGAGCGUUAACAAGUGCAGUCGCUACCGCGAAACAGCGCAUAACCGUGCAACUUGCAAGUCUGGAAUCUCCUAAAAUAGUAGCCUCAUACCUUGCACCAAAUAAGGGAAUGCCCCCAACAUCCACUGUAGAAGUAACCAGCUGA